CCUUCCCUCGCCCGCAUCUCACCAUGUGUCACUCCCGCAACGCGCUUCCCACCAUGACUGGCCUGCGGGCUCCAGCCCCGGCUCCGACCACUAGCCUGGAGCUCCGGCGGGGCUCCGGCCCCGAGAUCUUCACCUUCGAUCCUCUCCCGGAGCCGGCGGCGGUCUCCACCGCUCGACCGAGCGCCGCUCGCGGGCAUCGCAAACGCAGCCGGAGGGUCCUCUACCCCCCAGUGGUUCGGCGCCAGCUGCCAACCGAGGAGCCGAACCCUGCCAAGAGGCUCCUCUUCCUCCUCCUCACCAUCAUCUUCUGCCAGAUCCUGAUGGCUGAGGAGGGCGUUUCGACGCCUCUGACCCCGGAGGACGUCCCCAGCACUGCCGCGUCCCCUGCGCCCGUCCCCGCGCCCCCAGUCCUCGACUCCCUGAACCUGACCUCGGAGCCCUCGGACUACGCUCUGGACCUCAGCGCCUUUCUGCAGCAAAACCCGGCUGCCUUCUAACCGUGAUGUCUCCACACACUCCAGAAGAGUCGGAAGAAAAACCCAAGACACACCGGGCGUAUCUGGUGCGCACAGAGCGUAUCCCACACUGGGACCUCCGAGGGGACUCGAACUCGCGACACUACGGCGGAGAAACCGACUGCCGCUGGGCGUGAGCCCGAGCCUGCGACGAGCCCGGGCGGCCCAGGGGUGAAGGACAGCGGCGUUCUUCUGCUCUUAAUUAAUAUUUAUAUGUAUUUAUGAGUAUCCUCCUAGCUGAGGGACGGCUGUAUGUAAUAUUUAUUUUUUAACUUAUGCAAGGGUGCGAGAUAGGCUCCCCUGCUGUAAUGAAGACGUUUUUGAUAUUUAUUGAUUUAUAGGGUUGGUGAGGCAGAGUGGGGGGUCGGGACUCGGAUGGAAGGGAGUCAGACAUGGUAUGGUGGCGGGUCGUUGGUUUUAGGGGCGACACUCGUUUUCCUCCAUCUCAGCUCUAGGUCUGCUAGAGGCUUUGGAAUAACCGUGCGCGGUGGGUCUCCGAGUCUGCGGGGUCGCCCUGUAUGUUCUGUGAACAUGAAUAAACUGGAUGUGCAGUC